AUGACGGUUCCUGCUUGGAAGAGGCACGACGGUAAUUUGCCACGACCUGGACAUCAAGGAGAAUCUUCUUCUUCGACAUCGAAAAUGUCUGCAACUGCUCGUGGCGUCCCUUCUAGUAAGCCCCUUGUCGUUAAUCUUUCACCCAACGAGGAGGCAGCAUGGUUGGCGAAAGAGACGCAGAGAAGACGGGGCGAGAGGUGGAAACAGCUGCGACAAGUGGAGAAGCAGAAGGCGGAGCAAACGAGAAAGGCGAAUGCCGAGAAAGAGAAUAGACAGAAGAUGGGUACUAGUCUCGACGUCGAAACGUUACACUUUUUAGAGGUUUGCCUAGUGAUCAUUAUCUAUCAUUCACAAUGAGACAUUGCUGAUGCUCUAGCUCAAGCUCAACUGAUUCGAAAACAAAAACUACCUUUGAUGCAAAAAUAUAACAAAAAACAUUUCAUCGAGUUUGUUUUUUCACAGCACAACCAACUUCUUACUACGCUCAGGUGAAACCCAAGAGCAGAAACUCCUCCGCCUCGCAGAAGCACGAGAAGAGCUCUCGAAAUUACAGGCUUUGCACGAGUCUGUCCUUACUGCUACUGUGCCAGACGAACAAGUAGGGGAUCAAUCAGUGAAUGUGAACAAAGACAAAGGAACAAGUAUGGUCGACUUGCUGAUGACAUCUUCAUGUUCAACAACGUCACCUAGAGGCAUAGCGGAGCAGCUCAUCGAUCCGCUUGGAGUGUCGAGUUAUUUAUGCCUGGUCAAAGACUAGAACUCUACUAUUAUUUAAAUUUACGUAUCAUGAAAAGAAUUCCCCCACCCGCCACCUCCGUUCUUCAUAUCCCAGCAACGCUCUCAACGGUUCUCGCGCCGCUCAGAGCAAAGAUACCUCCCUAUCCGCAGCUUGGGCAAGCAAGAAAUCUAGUUGCGAUACCCUGCCGAACACGGUGUAUGGCAAGGGCUUUCUCAGAUCAGAGGAACUGCGAGAAGCUAAGCAAGUGCAAGAGUUUGUAGACGCUUAUAGACGAGACCAGCGCGAGAAGGAUACGAAAGUCAGGUUUCAGAUAGCAUAUGAGAAGCAGGUGUUAGAUGCGAAGAAACAGAGGGAAGCAUCGCAGCAGCGAUUGCAACAAGCGAAGGAGAAGUUAUGAUUGGAGUGAAGAUCGUUAUCGCAAUGAGAAUGAAGAUAUUACUUAAUUUAUUUGAUAGGUGUUGUUAUAGAGGAUGAACUAGACUGUGAAUUCUUGCAGGUGAUGUCGUAAAUGAUAAUGAAUUUACAGUACAGAUUUUCAGAUAUCUACUUCUAGAAGAUCCAUUACCGUUUUCCUUCCCGUUCCACCCUCGGUUCAUACCCCAUCGACUCCGUGAACACCAGACGCCUGCAAGAAUUGCGUGCCAAAGCAGCAAGAAAGAAACAACAGGAGACUACGAUGCUAGGAGAAAAAGCGGACAAGAUCGUGAUGUGUCAAAACACUAGUGGUUACGUCGAUUGGUCACAAACCCGUUUCCAUGUUGUCCGGAAUACUGACGAUUUACAAGAAGAACUCGUCAGUACGGUUGCAAGUAAACGAGCUGCACUAGGUAAUAGCAGCACUGGCGGAUUCGGCAACAGCAGCAACAAUAUGCUUGGUACUAGUUCGUCGUCAACCGGUGGCGCGGCUUUUGCAUACUAUGGUGGAGCAGGAAGUGCAGCUAGCGGACAUUUGCAGAGGAGCAGUCGUGGAUCACCUGGUGCCCUGGAUUCUGCAGAUGCGCAAGCAAUUUUGAGAGGUACUACCACUGCGUCUGUUCUGUAGUCGUGUAGCGGUUUUGCUGCUUUCCAUUUUGGCUCAAGAGGGUGGCUGCUUACUUUCUCUGACUUCCUUCGGCGUUUCCCUCGAUCCGUCCACGAAAUAGCGCCGGGCAACUCGUCCCGCGAGGCGGCCCGUGCCUGUUCCACUCCGAAGGCCGCCCCCGCAGCAGCGCCAGCGACCCGCGGCGGCCCCCGCGCUGCGGUCUGGGUCUCCCCGCCUCAGAAGAGAGGUGGGGGGAAAGAAUGGCGGCAAACGGCGGGCAAGAUAGAAGGCAGGCACCCAGGGCGGGCGGGGGCCUCUGGGUGGUGGUGGUGAGCGGUUUGGAUGUGGGGCAAUCGCAUCCACCGACAGCAGCCAGGCUGAGGGCCGAGGCGGUCUUGUCUCGCUUUCUUUCAGCGGCUCAGGUGAGCAUGCUAACGCGAUGGAACAAAAGGCGCGCGCGCGAUCAUCAGGACGACAUGGCGCGGCGUGUGAGCGCCAGGACAUACGUGCGGCGCACCGAAGGAAAGGAGACGACUGGCGAAGCCUCUAACAUUGGCCAGCGAGUAACCACCGGAGCGCCGACAGUCGCCACCUGUUGCCCCUCAUCCUCUGAACGCUCUGACUUUUCAGCAGCUAAGUUCGGCACAAGGGUGGCCUCGACGUGUGGGUGUGAUGUCGUUAAAGGUCUGCGGAGGGCGGUGCUUGGUCUAUCUAUUUAUGGGACCAUCGCAGCCAUCUCAUCGGGGAGAGGCUCUCGACCUCGGGCUUGAUCGUUGGGCGUCGCCAGGCGUCACGAAGUAAGUUGAGCGGAUGCGCGCGCUGGCUGGCUUAGUGGUUGGCCUUUGGAACGGGUUGGCGCUGCUGUGGCUGAGCAAGAUCAGACGCUGGUGCGGCUGCGGCGCUUUCUAGUGCGUGGCUGAAUAUGGCAGGCAGGUGCGCCAAAGAAAUCACUCACAAAGGAAGGAGCAGGCGGCGAGGCUACCCGCGCUCUUAUUGUGGGAAGGUCCUCGGCCUCUUCUUCAUGGCGUGGCGUGAGUGUUCGCGGUUCUUGCUUGUUUGCGUCUUCCGCAUUUUCUUAGAAUCAGUCAGAUUCAGAUGGUGAAUAAAGUCAGAAUCGAACGAUGUUCGUUUUUCGCACACAUACAUUAAGAAAUGGCCAAGGAUGCAACUAGCAUCAAAAUCUUCAUCAAGCAAUCCAGAAAAAAUCCAUUCAAUGAACAUCAAGAAAUCACUUGCAACUACUACAGAGCGAGCUGCAGCCAGAGGCAAAGAGGCUUUGAAACGCAUGCGAGCAGAGGAGCAGCGGAAGGCGGCUAUAGAAGCCGCAGAGCAACAAAAAGCGUUCAAACGGCAAGCUAGCGUGGAGAGGAUACGAUACAAACAGACGAGAGGUAGUUCGAAAUCUAAUACAAUUCGUAGUACUAUAUUGCGAUGUCAGUGACUGAGUUGUUCAUACAUAGAACAAACAGACGUCGAAAUGUUGAUAUCACAAGAAAAUACCGAAAUGCAAAUGAGAACGACAACUACGACUACGAGUUCUUCUUCUUCGGAUGAAGCAACUCAAAACUACCUUUCAGGAACGCGCAUACCCGCAGUAGGCAUACCACAGACUGCUCCAGCGAGGCGAUCUGCCAGUGCAGCGCCACAGCGGUACAUUUUUCAUGUGAGAAUACUGUAUGACGCAAGUGCAUGGUCUUUCUUGUCAUUACGUGACUGAGAAGUGUACAGGAACGGGUAUUUACUUAGGUGGAAAUAAAAAUGGGCACAAUUCAGAUUUUUCUACUCCUGCAUGCUCCAGGUAUAUUAUCAAAUAACUCUCUAUUCAUUGUUCUCUCAGACCCAGCGGGCCCUCAGCAGCAGCGAGGCAGACUUUAUCUGCCAACAACAUGAAGAAUUCCGCUAUUCCCGCAUCACGGAGUGUUGGAUACAGUCAGCAGGAUGCUCCUCGUGAAGGUGCUACGAGGAGCACUACGUCUGCAUCUAGAAGAGGAGCCUCCCCGAACCUCUCUAUGGCAGCCCAGAGUGAGAUACCACCAGCCUCCGAAAACGAAAUGGGCGUGCCAGAGGCCUCUUUUGCCAGUCAUGUCGUGCACAUGGAAUCUACUACUUCCUCUAAGAUGAACAACAACAAUUUCUACAACCCAUAUGCUUUCAACCCUUCAUCCAGGGUGAAGGUGAACGGUGAUGGACAACAGGAGCAAGAACAUUUUCAUGAUGAAGAGGACCAAGUAGAAGAAGAAGACGAUGAAGACUACAAUCCUUAUGUUAAGGCUCAGCUUUCAAUGGUCAUUGGGGGUUGGUCACUGAGAUCGAAGAGGCGACCCCUUGAGAGAACAGGGGAAAACGAAGGGAAAGGGGAGAGCUUUGAAGAGGGUCACUUCCGUUCAGAGUCAGUGACCAUUGAAGGCUGGGCUUUAAUCAUGCUUCUCCUGGGAAGACAGGCAGCGCUAUGAACAUACCAGCAAGUGGAGCAGCACCAGCAAGCUGCCGCAGCUUGGAUUACAGUGCCAUGAGCGCGCAGCAUCCUGCGUUGGGGACUAGUGUAUUGGAUGAAGGAGCUACAGGAGGACAAUCCGAAGAUAUUAAGAUGGCAGAAACCAGUGCAAUUCUGAAAGAAAACGACAAGGUCAUUCGUGACAUCAGAGACAACCUAUUGAAGAGAACGGGUUUGGAUAUUCUUCAAGCAACGUCUGCUGGAGGAGACGGCGUUGUGGAGCAUGAAGCAGAUGAUUUUAUAGGAAAUGAAGAAGAACUAGAACAAGGAAGACCUCCAAACAAGAACACUUCUGCUAGUGCUAACAAGAACAUGCUGUUCUACAGUGGCGUUUCCGAUCAGGAAGAGGCUCAGGCUCAACAGGAAGAAGUAUCGUUCUCUUCUUCUAAGAUCAAGCAGUCUUCGCGCAGUAAUAGAACACAAAUGAUGAAGGAGACCAAAACAACCGCUGCUAGCGCUAGUGCCUCUUCGAAGAACAGAUCACGUACCGGAAGUACGACCAGUCUGUCAACCAGCAUCGUCGACAGCAAAUUGAUGGGUGGUCUUGCAGCACUGAGUAAGCACCAGGACAAUGAUCAUAGUGCUUCUACUUCUAGCAUCCCGAGAGUGGACGCUGUUUUACAGCAAGGCAAGGAACGCAUCGAGAGUGCGCUGAGGAACUCGACAGAAUUCUUACAGAGGUCAACUACAGGUAAGGCUACAAUAAAUAUAUAUCCAUCUAUCUAUCUAUCUCUAUGUAUAAUGUACGUAUCUUCGAUUGAUUGACUGAUUCAAUAUAUCCAUCUUUCCAACAAGCAUCCCGCUCCCGUUUCUCAAGGAAAAACGGGCACCAAGGUGCUCAGCAAGAUGGAUUUAGUCAGCGUCUAAGCCAGGUGGAUCAUCAUCAACAACAAGGGAAGGCGCUGCUGGAGUUUCCGAAGUCCGUAGGUCCAUGCGCGGGUCUAUACUUGGUGGUGGUUCGACCGCUUCCAUGCCGCAAUCGUUGAGGAAUAGUCUCGAUAGCAAACACUUUGACGAUGUGAUGAAGCAGUCAUCUGGCCCUGGCGGAGCCACUGCAGCAGGCCUAUCUCCUGAAGCCAGCAAAUUCAUCGCGGAAGCUUUCCGCGAUGGGGAAAAAAUAGUCCCAGAAACGGGUGUCGUGUCCAAAAGCGUCCUCCACAACAUCUUCUUUGAGCCUCUAGUCAGCGACUGGUCGCUUGGCGAUGAACGCUGCAAAGAAGAGAUCAUUGUCAGGGAUCGAGGGAGUAGGAAAAUACCGAUUGAAGUAGAGGAUCACGAUCAGCAAGAAGAAGUGGAAAUGGAAGAAGAUCAACUUCUAGAAGAAGAAGUUGAUGUUCAUGAUGUCGAGAAAGUAUUCCCCGGUUCUAGCAUGCCAGCGGUUGUGCCGCAGCCUGCAAUCAAUAAGGACUUGCCUUUCGAGAUGUCCUCAUCAAGUUCGCGAACAGGAGUUGUCAAAAACAUCAAAGGACCGCCUCCUCGAAGUACUUCUCGCUCUCCAACAUCCAAUUCCAAUAAAGCAGGAGCUAGUCUUGCUCCAAUGAGAAGUGCUGGUGAAGGAAUGGUAGCCACGAAUUUGCUUUUGGCGCCAGAUACGGAUCGAAGUUUGUCUUCUUCGUUUUCGUUUUCGAGACUGGCAGAAGGUCACUCAGCUGGUGCUCCUCCUACAGGAGGUGACAUGGAUGACGACGCUUUCAACAGUUUUCUAGACCGCCACACCGAGAACGAUGCUGCGAAAUUUGUCCCCUCUGCGCGAAGCAGCCGGCCACUUGGUUAAGGCUGAAAUAGAGCUUGAAGGUGGAGGUUUACUUGCUUUUGGAUCAUACAUUUGAGUACAAUCUACCACUACUGUAUGGUUCUGGUAUUUGGUAACCUGAAUUUGAUCCUAAGGGUUCUCUUCUUGUUUCCCUUAUGAUCAAACUCAGGCUACCAAAUACCGGAACCAUUCAACUACUUAGAGUGAUACACAACGCGAUGGACUGCCAGUGCUGGCGACUCAGGUCUUGUAGAGAAGUUCUACCUGCUCUAACAAAGGAGAAGAAAGAUCCAGGACUUGUCGACACUGACGGCUGAGUUGGAUUCUCUCUGCGCGGACCUGAGUGUCGUGGGAUUGUGAGGUCUUGCUUUUUUUACCUUCUUAGAGUUCCAAUAGAUUCAAUCUUACUUUUAUCCAGUUUGUUAUCGGAGGUAUCUUCUACUUAGUAUUUGGGUGAAAGUCAACAUCAAAGUGAAAGUCCUCAUCAGAAGUUGUAUAUUUAUACAUAGGUACAUUAAAAAUUAUGGGUGUAUGUUCUCAGGAGGUUGAAGUUUGUAACUAAUCACAAUACGAAUAUUACUAGUAUUUAGCAGAUGUUGAUGUUGUUUCCAAUUCCAGUUUCCACUUGACGUUGAAAAUUUACAACAAGAGGAAGAGGGUCGAUGAACUAGUAGUAUUUCAUCAAGAAAUUAAUCUAAGUGUGUUUUUAUGAAAUUGUGGGGGGGCACAAAUAUUGCUUCAAAUGAAAUCCACCCUGAUAUUAGGAGGGUACCAGUAGAUGAAGAAGUUUUUUUUUGAAAGAGGUCUCAAGGUUUCAUUUCAAGUUUAGCCAGCUUGUUGGUGAUACUGGCUCCUUAAAAUCAAAAUAUUCAAAACCAUCGUUAUAAUAUGCUGCUUUCAGGGAAUGUACUCGAGCCGCUUCAUUGCCUGGGCAGUGAACUGGAUGAUGAAGAUGAUGAUCGCAAAAGAAAAUCAUAUUGUUUUUUUUUGAACUUUGUUCUUGAUUUUGAUAAGUUUCUCCUGGAAGUAAUUGGAAAAAUGAAACUGUGGCAUCUGAU